CGAGUUUUUAUACCUUUUGGAGUGAAACAUUUUUUCAUCUCAAAUUAAUCCAAAAAUUUUGUAAAAAUUCUUGAAAACAUAAGGUAAAUAAUGCCAAAAAAACUUGCAACAAACACAAAAUCUGUAGAAGCUCGUGAAAGAAAGGCGACCGUCAAAAAAGAGAAGAAUGAAGCUGAUGAAAGACGAAAGGAAGAAGCAAAAUGGGCAGAUGAUGAUAAAUCUUUAGCUAAAAAGCUCGAAAGAAAACAAGAAGAGGAACGGAAAAAAGCAGAAGCACUUAGGAAAAAAGCUGAGGCAAAAGCGUUACUCGAUCAAGAAGAAAAAUCAAUUAAAACAACUGGCAAGAUUUCACAGGCAAAGAUGACACGAGCUCAAGUUGAAGAAGAAGUGAGGAAACGAAACAAAGCUGUUGAAAACAUUAACAACCCUCCAAAACCUGUCGUUCCUAAAGUUGUUCCGCUGGAAGAAAAUUUUAAUCGAGUCAUGGCUGACGUUCACGUCGCUUCAAAUGUUGACCAAGCAAUUUCUGUUCUUCGAAUUAAUGAUACAGAAGACGAUAAACACCCUGAAAAACGAAUGAAAGCUGCUUUCAAAGCCUAUGAAGAUGCCCAACUACCAGUCAUUAAAUCUGAAAAUCCAUCUCUGAAACUCUCUCAACUAAAGCAAAUCAUUUUCAAGAACUGGCAAAAAAGUCCUGUAAAUCCUUUAAAUAAAGUUAAAUAAUUUUAAAAAUUAUUUGAUGUACGAAACUGUGAACUUAAAUAAAACUUAAAAUCAUGUUUAAAGAA